AUGGAUCUACCUAGUCCCCGGGCGGAGGAAAAAGCCGUUCUCGAGUCAAUCUACACUCUUGAUGAGUUGAGUAUCUCAGACGACUACAAAAUCCAGUUUAGGCUAGGCACUCCUGGCACUCUUGGAUCUUUUGUCGUCAACAUCACAUGGCCCAAAGGCUACCCUUUCACUCCCCCAGUCGUGGAUUUGGACGAGUUUUGUAAUCAUCACGUUCCCCAAUCCAUGAGAGAUUCCAUCAUCAAGGAGCUGAAUGAACUGGCAUUGGAGAAUAGCGGAGAACCUCUGACAUUCACUCUUAUCGAACAUUUGCGAGACAACAUAGAGGAGUACGCAAAGCAGUUAAAGGAGUUCAAAAAACGUAAUACUGAUUCAAGUAUAAAGCAGGCAGAGACGGAGGAAGCGAUGGUCAAGAGGGCAACAGUGGAGAAGGAGGUUCUGACGAAGGCACAGAAAAGGAAGCAGUUGAGUCGAUUGGACGAGACAGGAAAUUUGCCGAGAGGAUGGAAUUGGGUUGACGUUAUCAAACACCUGAGGCAGACUGGUACUCAGGCAAAUCCUACGGCUUAA